AUGGUCAAGUUUAUGUGGAUAAUAUGCGUUGUGAUGUUGCUUAGUUUAGAAAUCUCAAAUAGUUGGAAAUAUGAUAGGCUUCCUAGACUGUAUGGCGACAAAUUACAUUAUCGGUAUAUAAAUCCAAGAAAUAAGAGAGUACAACGGAGGAUUGUGAUGCUUCAUGACUUUUUUCGUACCAAAGUUGUCCCACCUGCUGCGAAUAUGUUAUCAAUGAAAUGGCACCAUGGAGCAACAAAAGCAGCACAAAGAUGGGCCGACAAGUGUUAUUUACUCACACAUGACACUCCAAAAGGUAGAUGGAUAAAUAAUUAUGGAAGCUGUGGACAGAAUAUCUUCGUAUCAACACAUAAGGUUCCUUGGCUAUUUGCUUUACGGACAUGGUUUGAGGAGAGACACAAUUUCACAUAUGGAUCACAUCGUAAUGAUCUGAAUGUCGUUGGACAUUUUACACAAAUGAUUUGGGCAAGCACUCACAAAGUUGGAUGUGGAUUGAGUAAAUGCUCUCGUGGUGGACCUAGAAAUAAGCCAUUUUACAAUUAUGUAUGCAAUUACUGUCCCAUAGGCAACCGUAUCGAGAAAUUGGGAACGCCAUACAAAAAAGGCAAGCCGUGUUCAGCAUGUUCACAGUCCUGUCAUUCAAAAAAGAUUAGAUUGUGCCUGAACCCUUGCAAUUCUGCUGAUAUGUGGGCUAAUUGCAGAUCACUUUAUAAAAUGUGGAGUGGAUGGUUAUGUCGAACAAAUACGACGGAGGGAUUAAAUAGACGACAAAAUUGUCUGGCAACAUGUAACUGCUCUCAAAAGCGUCUUAUAUACGAUGAAUGA